AUUGACUUCACUGAAAAGUCGCCACGGAUCUAUUAUCCCUAGCUGUGAAGCUAUUCAAACUGCGGYCAUGAAUAAAAAGCACGAGCAUAGGCCCAAGAAAACAGCUAGCCACGAUAGCACAAGAUCUGUUUCGAAGMCUGGCAAAGGUUCGCUUGAUCGUGGAACGAAGAGCGAGUCAAGUGUAGUGAGGAAACCCAGGAAGAGAGUUGACACGUUCAGUCAUUCAAUUUAUGAGAAUUCUUCUAAGAUUUUACUUCAUCUCAAAGGWCAGCUAUCGUCGUCUGAACUACCUGUGUUUGACGAUGAUUUGGAGCGAAGAAGGGCUUAUAGUUUGGCUUUUGGAGCUAAAAGAUAUGAAAAAGUUCUUGAUGAUGUACUACUUGAUAGUUAUUUCUUUUCAAGCUACUUUAAGUUUGAAACAAAACAUAAACAUAGAGUUAUGGUGCUUCUACUUGACUAUCAACAAAAUGGCUUCUUCUUUGGUAAUGAGAGAAAAGGCACCAUAUUGAAUGAGGCAGACAUCAUACCAGAAAUCCAAGCAAUCCAGGAAGCACUGGUAUCACACAGAACCAAAUUACGUGCUGCCUUGGCUCGCAGUAGAGUUCGAGAUUGUGCUAUCAGCGUYGAGGCUCUACUUCCAAAGGAAGAGCAAGAAAAGAUCAAAUACGCUGCUUCACAGCCAGUAUACGCWAGGAUUAACAACUURAAAACAACUUUAGAUGAAGCUUGUGAAGCUCUGGCAAAAGGUGGUUUUGAAGAAGUGGAGAAACUACCAGRUCAUGAUGAUGAAAUGGCCAGAAAGGCAUUUUGUAGGGAUCAACAUUUUGAGAAUUUGCUGGUGUUUUCAUCUGAAGCCAAGUUUAACUUGCAUGGUCAUGAGUUAGUUGCCGAUGGUAACCUUGUUAUACAGGACAAGUCAACUAUAGUUUCUGUGGAGGUUGUCAGACAAGUUGUCAAUGAGAUUUCCACACAAAAAGAAAAAGCCUCCAUUUUACUUCCUGGAACUGAUUUAAAGAAUUUCCUUGGAGAAGGAGAUGAUAUCAUUCAAACACAUGUAGAAUCAGGGAAUGUUACGUCAUACUUAUCAUCAAUCAUUCAUCCYGAUCGUAAAAUAUUUGCGUUUGGUGCAAAUCCACAAACAUACGAGAAACUUGAAUCAAAACUGGAUGUGAUGGGAGCUCAGAAUGUAUCACUUUUAGAAGAGCAUUUCCUGGACUCCYUACCCAAUGACGAACGCUUUCGCAAAGUUAAAAUCAUAGUCGCAAAUGUACCGUGUUCCAAGUCCGGUAUCGUCAACCCGGUGGACUUCAUUCUUCAAGAGGGAGUAUCCUCAUCCAUCAAAGAGCUUGCGCAGGGGAGCUUAGACGCUAGCAAAAUACGGGGACUUGCAUUCCAGCAUCUUGGYAUCUUAAAACAUGCAAUGAAGUUCCCRUUAAUUCAAGCGAUUGUGUAUAUUACACGUUCGGUAUCAGAGUACGAGAAUUUAGAUGUKAUAAGAAAGGCCAUGGACGAAAUGAAAGAAGAUCUUAAUAAUAAUAAAACUGGAACUUUUGAAAUUAACCAAGCUUUACCAACGUUGGUUCAUAGUCUUAAAGACGUAGCAUUACCGGCAAGUGUUGUAGAAGAUGCAUCAUAUCGUAAAGACGAAAAAUAUAUCCGAAUGGCACCAUCGUCAGCAAUGAAUGGAGGAUUUGUUUGCCUUUUGAAGCGUCAGAAACAAGUGGAAACUGCUCAUGAAGUACUGGAAAGAGCGGCCAAGAAGGGAUUAAUGAAACCUGGCAAAACAAAAACACCGCGGGUUCCAAGUGAGAAAAAGCACGCCGAAGCUCAUGCACCCAAACCCGCAGUGCCAACUGCGCAAAUGGCAAAACUAUCCAUCAAAAAAGAGCCAGACGCGGUUAUAUCUGAUACUGAAGCAGAAACUAAAGAGCCAAAAUCUGUAAAAGAAUCGAAAUCUAGCAGAAGCUGGCAUGGAUCAAGUGAAGAUAUCGCUCCCAAACCGAGUAAAACGAAGACCAGCAAAAAGAAAUCGAACGGCGAAAGAAACUUUAAAUUUUAGAUUAAUGUUUUGGCUAAGUAGUGAGAUAAAACAGAUGAGAUAGAUUUUAAGUGUACAUAUGGGAAAAUAUGGUAAUUAUUUAUAGAAAAAAAUGAAUAAAAAAAGGUUGUAGAUGAC